GUUAGAAGGAAGACAUAUUGCAGUCAUUAGGUCCAGUCCGCCUGGCGUAUGAUCGCAUGAAUUCGCUUAUUUCCACCCGCCGAAACAGUUUAAAAAUAAAAACAGCCUCCUGGGUGCUGUUUGGCAAUCGUGGGCUGCUGCUCCAAACUCGGAAACGCCCUGAGUGAGUUCCGCUGCCAGUUGUGCGUUCCUGCUACUUGCGUGGUUAUCGACGGCGUCUAAAAAUCCGACAGAGCGGCAAUGCCUGCGCACAUCUGUCCUCACCGUACGCAUCGGCGGAUCGGGUUUCAUCGCAUCGUUGGUUCUUCACAGCUAUUAAGACGCUUAUGUUAUCGCUGAGACGGAAAAGCGUGAUCUUUUAAGGCGCUGAGGAGAGGAAUGAGGAAGCCGUUCGUCAGCUCGCGGGCAGGCUGAGGCAGCGCGCUCCAGCGAGGGAAAGCGCGGUUUCCCCAAACUGCGUCGAGCUGCGCGAGCCUGGUGUGGCAGGAGAGCCGUUGGGGGUUCGGGAUGUGGUUCCUUGUCGGCGUGUUUUUCUGCCUCUGCCCUGGUGCGGUGGAGCAGCAGCUGGGGUUCGGGAUGAAGGGAGCCGCGCCCCGUUUGAUCUGCAGUGUUCCGGGGGUUCCAGGGUCGCCAGGGAAAUCGGGCCUAAGCGGGCCCACAGGUCCCCAUGGCGACAUGGGCCUUCCCGGGCGGGACGGGCGAGACGGGCGCAAGGGGGAGAAAGGGGAGAAGGGCACCACUGGAGUGAAGGGGCGCGUGGGGCCUACGGGGAAGAUCGGUCAGCGAGGGGAGCGGGGCCCCGCGGGGAAGAGAGGCCCCGGGGGCCUGGGUGGGGACGGGGGCCCCCCGGGAGCUGGAGGCCCCCGGGGGACCCAGGGCGAGAAGGGCCAGCGGGGCCCGCGCGGGACCCCGGGGAUCUGCCGGUGCGGCAGCCUGGUGCCCAAAUCGGCCUUCUCCGUGGGCAUCACCACCAGCUACCCGGCCGAGCGCACCCCCAUCAAGUUCAACAAGGUCCUGUUCGACGAGGGCGCCCACUACAACCCGCAGACGGGCAAGUUCAUCUGCGCCUACCCCGGCGUGUACUACUUCUCCUACGACAUCACGCUGGCCAACAAGCACCUGGCCAUCGGCCUGGUGCACAACGGCCAGUACAAGAUCAAGACCUUCGACGCCAACACGGGCAACCACGACGUGGCGUCCGGCUCCACCGUCAUGUACCUGAACCCGGAGGACGAGGUGUGGCUGGAGAUCUUCUACCCCGACCAGAACGGCCUCUUCGCCGACCCCGGCUGGGCCGACAGCCUGUUCUCGGGGUUCCUGCUCUACGUCGACACCAACUACCUGGACGCUCUGUCGGAGGACUACGCCUGAUGGAGGAGGACUACCCCUGAUGGAGGAGGACUACACCUGAUGGAGCUACGCCUGAUGGAGCUCCAACCCCCCCGCCCCCCCAACCUAUGCCUGAUGGAGCUCCUACCCCCCCGCUCCCCCACUCCCCACUGAUUAACCUGGGGAUUGAAUGGCAGUUUGUUUUCAAAACUAAACUGUCAUUCAGAACGGAAACCCAACGCACUUGUGUCCCAUGAACCAGAGAGGGAGACCUGCAGACGCUCACUGAACCCUCCUGAUGCUAAUGUUAAUCCUUUCCCUGUUGAACAGAUAUUACCUAAUAUAACGGCAAACAAUGUUUUGGGCUUUCCAAAUGGUGCAUUCCUUUGAGCCACAAGUCUUUAAUUUAACUUUUUCCCCCCUUCUCUGAUAUCCAGACUGCUGCCAGGAGCCACAUAAAUAAUUCCUUUAUCACGGCCCUCCUGUAAAAUAAUGGGAGGGGCCUACCUUUGUAAUUGGAGGGAGAACUGUGCGGUUUAUUUUGGAACUUUCUUAAACGCUGCUAUGGGGUUCUGGUGGUGGGGAAACAGGGCUACGUGAACGCGAGGGAUGGAUGGAGCUAACAUGCGCUGUCAAUCACUCACUGACUACAUCCAAUCACAGGUCCUAGUUUUGCACGGCUGCGGUCCAAUCAUAAUCACUCAGUCUGUUACUGAAAAUGCAUGGCAACUCAUCCCAUUGGUUGAAUCACAUUCAGUUGAAGCUAUCAGUAAAACAUUCACUCACACACUCACGGUGGCACUUACUCUCCACAUCACACACUCCAUAUCACACACUCUCCAUUGUCACACACUCUCCAUAUCACACACUCUCCAUAUCACACACUCUCCAUUAUCACACACUCUCCAUAUCACACACUCUCCAUUGCCACACACUCUCCAUAUCACACACUCUCCAUUAUCACACACUCUCCAUAUCACACACUCUCCAUAUCACACACUCUCCAUAUCGUACACUCUCCAUAUCACACACUCUCCAUUGUCACACACUCUCCAUAUCACACACUCUCCAUAUCACACACUCCCAUAUCACAUACUCUCCAUUGUCACACACUCUCCAUUAUCACACACUCUCCAUUAUCAAACACUCUCCAUAUCACUCACUCUCCAUUGUCACACACUCUCCAUAUCACACUCUCCAUAUCACACACUCUCCAUAUCAAACACUCCCAUAUCACAUACUCUCCAUUGUCACACACUCUCCAUAUCACUCACUCUCCAUUAUCACACACUCUCCAUAUCACUCACUCUCCAUAUCACUCACUCUCCAUUAUCACACUCUCCAUAUCACUCACUCUCCAUUAUCACACUCUCCAUAUCACACACUCUCCAUUAUCACACACUCUCCAUAUCACACACUCUCAAUAUCACACACUUUCCGUCAUCACACACUCAUCAUGGUACUCACCACCAAGUUGAAAAAUACUAUUUGCAGAUCACACUGCAGAUCAAGAAGUUUGUUACCAAGUCACUCUGUAGCACUGGGCCAGUCACCAUCAGCUCACAGAUAUUACUGUAAAUGACAGUCAGUGGUAUGUGAAGCCCACUGAUCUUUUAUCCUGUACAUAAUGAGACUCAAAGAUAAUAGUUUUGCUAAAAGAUAUAAUUACUCUAAAUUUAUAUUUCUGUAUUCAGCUACAAGGCUCUCUCUGUGUGAGUGUAUAUUAGAACCGGAUAUGUACUGUGUCACUCUCGCUUUUGUGAUUGUUUACAUUAUUAAUUAGACAAACAACAGGAGGACAUUUUAGGCUUCCUUCACUUGCCUUGUAUACAGUAUGCACUGGUAUCUCAGUGGGGCGUUACUGAAAGCUGAAGGUCAGGGGUCAAACCCCACUAUGUGUGUUCUUGUGUGAGUAGCGCCAUAUCCUACACGUGAAACUGCCUGAGAAGCUGCUGAUGUUCUCCUCUUUAGCCUCCACAAACAAAUUCACAGGAACACCAAAACCAAAGAACAAAAUGCUACACACAGCAGGGUGAACAAUAUGAAUCAAUAAAAUACCUUGAUAACUUUCUAUUUCAA